AUGUUCGCCGCUCUGUUGCAUACGUGCAUUGUUCGUGGUAUUCUGGCUGCCAGUCGCAACCAAUUUCGGGAGUUGGUUCGCUUCAUUGACGAGCAUGAGAUUGUGCCGGCGGUCGAUGAUGUGGUGUUCAAGUUGGCUGAGGCAAAGAGCGCAUACAGACGCCUCAAGGAAAAGAAACACCUUGCUAAAGUUUUGAUCGAGAUUGAUUGA